AUGGCCUGUGAUUUAUAUCUAUUAUUUAUAUAUAUGAUUUAUAUACAACUUCUGAUUUUCACAGUGCUCACCUGUGCCAGCUGCAGAGCACCCAGCACCGCAGAGACAAUGUGUGUGGAGGGGAGCGACAGCCGCCGUCCCUCUCGAUGUGCGGGAGCUGCAGACUGGGUUAGUGUGCAAUACCACAUGAGAAUAAUUACAGAAAAUAAAAGAUACAGCUGGGAAGGUUUAGGAUUGAGAGGAGUUCCGUGGCUACUUGUCACAACAGAAAUCCCCAAUUUUGGUUUCAAUGGGCUCCCUUCCCUCCAGACUUCAACCGUCUCUGACCUGAAUUCUUUUCUCUACUUGGACAUAACAAGGUGUCAGAUCAGCUGAGUGUGUGCCGGGGCCUUUCUCAGCAACAGGCAGCUGAAGACAGUCCUGCUGACCAGAAACCUGCUCAUGUUUCUGUCUGACACAGCAUUUGCUGGCCCAUGUUCCCUGGAGUAUCUUAACACAGACAGGAAUAACAUAUUCUUUAUUCUAGUGACAAAUCUUGACAGCUUAGGUAUCUUCAUCUUGCACAGAAACCACAUCUCUUCACUGCAGCUUCCUCCCAGCUUUCCCACUCCAAACCUCAAAUGCCUUGGUUUUCAAACAAAUGGCAUACAAGCAAUCACAGCAGAAGAUGUCCAAGCUCUGCAGAAGACCAGCUAUGUGACUCUCAUCCUUAAAGGCAAUGACAUUACACACAUUGAACCUGGAUCUUUUCAGUGCCAUUUCUACAGUUUGGACUUGGUGGGCUGUGCUGACAUCCCUGGGGUCCUGGCAGGGAUACAGAACUCCACAGCCCAGACCCUUUGGCUGGGAACAUUUUACGGUGUGGAAAAGGAGCUAUACAUGAGCCCAGAUAUUUUACAAGGCCUCUGUAGUAUCUCUGUCAAGGAUCUCUAUCUGCAGUUAUGGCACUUCAGAAAUCUGAAUGCUGACACAUUUCAGUGCUUAACCAGGCUCCAAAAGCUGGACCUAACCCAAACCCGCAUCCAUGCACUGCCCCCUGGCAUCAGUGGCAUGAGCUUACUAGAGGAGGAGAUGGUUCUCAAUGCAAACUGCUUUGAGCACCUCUGCAACACCAGCUCUGCUGCCUUCCCCUCCCUUACCUGCUUCCACAUCAAGGGUAACUCACAGGUUCUGCAACCAGGCUCUGGAAAGCUUCAACAUCUAGAUUUAAAUCAGAGUCACACUGAAAGUUCUGACUGCUCUAGCAAAAGGCUGAGAGCUUUGAGCAGAUCUCAUUACCUGCAUCUGAGCCACAACACACUCCCUCUCCAGGACAGUGCUAGCCUAGAGCUGCUGGACUUACCCUUCAUUCCUCUCCAUAUCAGCUCUUCACAGAGUCCUUUCCAAGACCUGCAUCUCUAGCAAGUGAUGAAUCUUUCCUUGUCCCACAUUAAUACUAGCAUUAGUAUUAGUAUUUUCAAGCAUCACUUUCAGGGCUUGAAAAACCUCAUGUUCUUGGAUCUUAGUCAAAAUAACUUUGAGUUGGGGAUCAUGCCAAAGGACAAACUGUUCUAACAACUAUCCAAUUUAGAGGUGCUAAUAUUAUCAUCCUGUGAACUGACAGCAGUAGGUAACCAAGUAUUUCACAACCUCAGGAAGUUACAGCAUGUUGACCUGAGUGACAGUAAAUUUACUGCAUUCAGCACAGAUACAUUUUCAAAUUUCAAGAGUAUUUAUCUCAAUUGUGCCUAUAACAGGAUCCACAUUGUACCAGAUGACCAACUAGUGCCCCUGGACGGCCACUGCAUAAUCAAUUUAAGCUACAACCUCCUGGACUGCAGCUGCUCUAAGAUUGAUUUAAUCACCUGUUACAAGCAACUUCUGGAUAAAAUUGAAGACUCUGAAGGAACAAGGCACUCUGAACCCAAUUGGGUUCAGCUGGCCACCAUCUCACUCUCCGGUGGUAAGGACACGUCAGCAAUCAUUGCAGUUGUAGUGGCUGUUUUAUCCUGUAGUGCCAUUUUCAUUUGGGGUGCUCACUAUUUCAAGCAAAAUUAUCAGCAACUAUAA